AAACAACUGCCAACCAUGAUGCCAAACCUGCGAAAGCUGAAUGUCAUAGAACAGGAUAUGGAUGAUGAUUGUCUCCAUUUUAUCUGCAAAAACAUGGUAUCCCUUCAGCAGAUGCUAUUGGAAAUGUGUCCCAACAUUACUGAGGAUGGGUUUGAAUAUUUAAAUCGACUACCCCACCUCUUUGAGUUAAGUUUGGGAUACUUAGAUCUUCUUCAGGGGUUCUUGAUACUGAUUCCGCCUAACGAAGUUAAGCUACUCUCGCUUAACCGCUGCGACAAGUUGACCGACGAUAAUCUUUUGCUGAUCCCCCACGUGUUUCCGUCGCUCACAAGGCUAAAAAUUGCAUCGUGCCAUUUAAUAACGUAUGCGGGCAUUGAACGGCUGCGUUUGCAAAUGCCAUGGUGCACAGUGAUAACAGAACAUAUAUUGGAAUAA